UUUGUCUAUAGCACAAGAAAUACCAUACAUGGCUAAUCGGCAGGUGUAUCAGUAAACACCAAUACCUAUAUAACGAUAGGAAUUUACCUGUACUGAACAGGUAACAGGUGAGUCGAGGUGUGAGGACUCUACUUAUCCCUAAGGGGGACUUUAAUACUAGGGAGAUGUGGACAUAUUACAACGAUCUAACUGUCACAUAUUAAAUCUUUUACACUUACGGAUGUAAACACGUAAGCGAAUAUUUACAUAUUUUAUUUCGGAUGUAAAUGUCGUAUCGGUUCACUGUGUCGUGAACAGAGUGAAGACCACGGAAUAUUGAUGUUUCCUGACAUUUAACUGUGGGCAGGACUGCUAUCGCUAUAGGUUGUCUUAGAUAAACACGUUAAACCAGAAGGUUAAACCAUUCACAACACAACCUUCUCUAGGAUCUGGAAUUUUGUGGGAUAUUUAACAUAGUUAAGAAGAGAGAACUUUUUAUCUGAAUGGCACUUUGGAUGGACUAGAUAUAUGUCUUUAUGAUGAUUUUAUAUUGAUGAAAAUGAUUUAGAGGAGGAUACGGUGGACAAACUUCAUCAUGUUCAGAAUAGCUUCCUACUCCUCCGCCGACGGCCAUCCGCUGUCUCUGGAAUCUGAGCGGAGAAAGGCUAUGAGUUUAGUAUAUGCUGUGGAAAGGGAACUGGAAGUCUUCUACAACAAAUGGUUAAAAACUGCAAACGAUGAUCAUGUGGACGACUGGAUCGCGUAUCUCACAGCUGUAAAAGCUAAAAUUGGAAUAAAACAGUGGUCUAACUACAAAGAAUUCGCCUUCACAAUGGAAAAAGUAAAACAACAGUCUGUCGCAAAUGACAACAAGAAGAUAUAUUGGGAACUGAAAAGAGUCGUGAAUCGUGCUAAAUCAUUUGAGGCCAUGAUAACACAGGGUAGAAGACGACUACAGAGUGCUCUAAGUGACCAUGUACAGAAAUACUGCCUCAGCUACUGUCAGGAAACUACUUGUAAAGAUAUUGUGGCAGCCCAAGACUACGAGAACCAAACAGGAAGGUGGACACAGGAAAUUCUCGAUGGCAUUAUGUUGCUGGAAAAUCGUUAUCGAGACUAUCGUGAAUUCGAAGCGUCCAACUUUGAAGUUUAUAUCUCGCACUAUGGCACACUUUUGCACUUGAUGUCUGAAGUCAUUGGGGUUUUCCCCAAGAUCACAACACCGAUCAAGGACUGGGUCACAGCAGACGAGGCGUACCCGAGGAAAUUACUGGAUGAAGCAAACAGAUACCUUCAACAGAAGAUUGAUAUCAGUGAGAUCAUACGUAGACGGCAUAUGAACUCAGAAGAACGGAAAGGAAAGGUGAAGAGAGCUGGAUUUAAUUCAAAAUUGAUUAAUGGAAAGUUGCAACAUGCACUUACGGACAGAAGAGUAUGUCGAAAACAGGAACUGACCUACUCAGACACCCUUGGAUUCAUAAACGACGAAAUCGAAAUGCAAAAAGAGGACUUGGCUGAAACAUUCGAAAGGCUCCAUCAUAAGGACACAACGUCACAGAAAGCCGUGGAUAUGAUAAUGGAAAAGGCAGAUAUCAUAAAACAAGAAAUCAAGCAACUGGAAAAACGUGCUAAAAUGAUUAGAAAGAAGAUGAUGGACAUCAAGAAAGAGAGAUACGAAGUGCAAAAAGAGGUUCACAAACUGAAGAAGGUGUAUGAAGGAAGCAUAAAAGUGACAUCACGGAUGUACAAUGCACUCGGCAGAGACGAACGCAACACUCAUGAACUCGAGGACGCACAAAAGAAUUUGAUAGUCAAAGUUAAUGCAGCCAAAAAGAUCCGAGACAUUAAGUUGAACCCAAUGACCGUCAAAAUGGUGCAUGCUAGUGGAUAUUCGGCGGGCUUGUUGCAGGAUAUCGACAGUGCUGGGCAGUCAUUCAGACCAACAUCUUUGGAUUCUCCCAAGACCUCGAUGCAAUCCCUUGACAAAUGGCAGCGCCUUAGUUAUGGAGCGUCCAACAGAUCACUGGAGAGAGCUCGCGAAAGCCUUGAGAAGCAGGCGAUGGCCGAUGGCAUGCGUCGAAUGGUCAUUGUUACAUAAACUUAAUAUGUUCGACUGUGAAACCUCUCCAAACUGAAAUAUUUACCCGAUACCUCUAGGUUGUGGAUUUCUGGAUAUGACUUCUGAGAUUGCUGCUUAUUUAGGAAAUAUGGCACAAUGACGAGUGUAAAGUAUUCAACAAAUCCAAUUCAACUUUACACAAAGGCGAGUGUAAAGUAUUCAACAAAUCCAAUUCAACUUUACACAAAGGCGAGAGUAAAGUAUUCAAUAUAUCCAAUUCAACUUUACACAAAAGCGAGUGUAAAGUAUUCAACACAUCCAAUUCAACUUUAAUCAAAGGCGAGUGUAAAGUAUUCAAUAUAUCCAAUUCAACUUUACUUAACAGAACAUAAUUACAAGGUACAAAUCCACUCUCUCCAGCAAGAGACUACACACACACCCAAUCGACUGGAGUACACACGUACCAGAAGUCAGUAUGACAGACAUAUUGUCCAUAUCACUGGUAAAAACUCGAGUUUUAAAUAUUUAAAUUAAUACUGGGUGAAAAGGAUGGAAUAGAUAUCAUGUGACUUAGAAUAUAUAAGAGACAAAUUUACAAUAUCACCACGUAUAACCGGGGACGAGGCGAGACCGUGGGGUCUGUCCUUGUAAAUGUCAAAAGUUGAAGCAUACCUAACCGACUACUAAUAUAGCAAGUGUAAGACUUGGAUACCAUUCUGAAACCGUUACUAUAGAAUGGACAUAGCGAGUGUAUUUGGAGUAACCGCUGGGUUAUUUACCUGAAGAAUAGCAUCAAUGACAAAUAGUGUUGCAAUCCAACAGAACGCAUUAGGACAGGAGACGCAAGGUUGAUAUUUCAUUCUGAGGCACGAGAUGUAGAUAAAGCCUCAUAACACUAAUAACAUUGUUAUACAUAUUGAUGACAUUUUAUGUGAUCAAAUUAACAUUAUGAUUUAAAAGUAUUACACAGAAGACACAAGAUAUUAAACCUUUCAAAACAAAUUUAAAAUUUAUACUCGAGUAGAAAU